AUGUCAGAAAAAAAAAAAGUGAGCAAACAGCCUGUAAAGAAGAGAUACUCAUCUGAGGACUUAAAUGCACCAAUUACCAUCAUACGAGAGAAAAAAAUGAGUGCGAAUAAGGCUAGUCAACGUUUCAAUAUUCCAAAAGGAACGUUAAUACAUAAACUUCACGAUAAUGUUCCUUCUGAUUGUAAAAUGGGCCCUUCUACUGUACUUUCACCACAAGAAGAACUAUGUAUCAAAAACUGGAUCAUCGAUAAAGCAAAAUUAGGUUUUCCAAUGCAUCCUGAAGAUGUGAAAGACGCAGUGCAAAAAAUUUUAACUGACGUUAAACGUCCUAAUCCUUUUUUAAACAACAGGCCGGGAAGGAAAUGGUUUUCUUUAUUCUUGCAAAGACAUCCAGACGUUGUUUUAAAAAAUACAGAAACUCUUUCUAAGGCUCGAGCUUCUGUCACAGAAGAAAACAUUUUAGAUUGGUUUAAUGGACUACAAAACUAUGCAGCCGAAGAAGGGGUUGAAGAUAUAUUUAAAGAUCCCAAACGUAUAAUCAACCUUGAUGAAUUGGGAAUGUCAACAUGUCCUAAAACUGGGAAGCUUCUUGGCCCCAAAGGGGAAAAAAAUUUUUAUCAGGUUGCAACGGGCCCAGAAAAACAGUCAAUAAGUGUUCUGUGUACUUUUUCUGCGGAUGAGUUGAUUGAAAAUAACAUCCCACUUGAGUUGAUAAAUUCUUUUAAGGAAGCAGUAAAUUUAAACCAAGAUCCAUCAGACGAAAAAUUAUUGUUUACAAUUUGGAGAAAAUUGAUCACUUCAUUAGAAUUAAAUGACAAUACCCGUAUAAAUCCUGUGCUUGAGCACGAAUUAGAGAAUGAUCCAAACUCAUUACUUUUAUCAACAUCUUUUUCUCAAGAAAUUUUGAAUCAAUUGUCACCAGAACUAACAGAAAAUUCUGAGCUAACCGUGAAAUCAGAUAGUUUAAAUUUAACCACGGCCUUAGAUGAUACUGUACCACUGGACUCAUCAUUCAGCUGUUUUGAUAUAGUGAAUUUGGAAAAUACUGUGAUUAUACCAGAAAGCAGACUGAGUGAUAGCAGAGUACCGGAAACAUCCAGCUUUAAAUCUCCAUCAGGCAAUUUAGCUACGACUGUGAUAUUAGAGUCUAAUAAUAACGAUACUAAUUGUAAGUCGAGGGAAGAGUUGAACAAAGCUGACCAUAAUGAAGUAUGGAAAAAACAUCUGCAUUUCCCCCAGAUAAAUAAAACCGACAAAAAAAAACACAAACAAAAGAGAAGAUUUUUGCAAUUACUUCUCAAAGAUAUAACGAGCUAA